AUGUCCCGCUCACCGACCAAGCGCCGCGCAGGCGGUGUAGACGCCCUCCCGCUGUCGAACCUGUCACUCAACUCUGCCUCUCCGUCGCGCCAGCCCCUCGCCAAGUCGACCAAGCAGCCGCCCAAGUCCAUUUUUGCGACAGCAGGCAGCGUCUCGACCACGCAGACGACCCGCAAGAAGGCGAGCUCGAGCCCGACAAAGGGCACCUCCCGCUCGCGGUACUCGGGCGAGGACGACCUCACGGGCAACUUGACUGGCACGUACGAUGCUCCGAGCAGGCGAAGUAGCCCGUCGAAGCAGUCGAGUGCGAGCUUGGCGGCGGGCGGAGGAGUUGGCAGGUCCGGCGUCGUCAGCAACGACUGGGACCCAAGUUCGUUGGCGGGCGAGUCGAAGCGGAGUCCGUCGAAGAAGGGCCGUCAUUACGACCGCUACAUCCCGUCUCGGCAGUCUGGCAGCGGCGACCACACAGGGCCAAUCCUCCUUCCUACUCCUCACUCCGGCUCCGAUUCGAGCCCACAGAACGCCGAAGAUGCACAGCACACGGCCGACCUGUCGCGCUCGCUUGGCAUCAAUUCGGACCAGCGCAUCCUCUCCUUCUUUGCCGAACCUCCGAUGCCGCAGACCGAGCAAUCCUCCCUUCUCGCUCAGUACGCCCGCCUGCCCAACAAGGGAUCAGCCGGCUCUUCGUCCUCUGCUGCCCACGCGGCCUCUCGCCGCCGCAUCCCUACUCAGCCCGAGCGAGUUCUCGAUGCUCCCGGCAUGGUCGACGAUUACUACCUCAACGUCGUCGACUGGUCCUCGACGAAUCUCCUUGCAAUCGGUCUCGGCGAAGUCGUCUACAUUUGGAACGCCCAGACGGGCGAGGUGAACGAGUUGUGCUCCGUCGGCAGCAACUCGGGCGACUCGAGCGCUUUGACCGAGGGCGAUGAGUACGUCUGCAGUCUCAAGUUCACCGAGGACGGCGGACACCUCGCCGUCGGUCUCUCGUCGGGUCCCAUCAUGGUCUACGACGUCUGCGCGGGCCAGCGACUUCGGACGCUGCAGGGCCACCCGACUCGCGUUCCAAGCUUGAGCUGGUCCGGCGCGAUCUUGGCGAGCGGAUGCAGGAGCGGCGAGAUCUGGAACUCGGACGUGCGCAUUGCGCAGCACAAUGUCGCCCAGCUCAAGGGUCAUCGAGGCGAGGUGUGCGGGCUCGAAUGGCGGCCGGAAAUCGCGGGCGGUCUUUCUGGCGGCGGUCAAGGGCUCCUCGCUUCGGGCGGAAACGACAACGUGGUCAACGUCUGGGAUUGCCGCAUGACGACGGCGCCCAAGAUGAGCAAGACGAACCAUACGGCGGCAGUCAAGGCUCUCGCUUGGUGCCCCUGGAACUCGUCCCUCCUCGCCUCGGGCGGCGGGUCGUCCGACAAGACGAUCCACUUCUGGAACACGACGCAAUCCGCCCGCCUCAACAGCCUCGUCACCAACUCGCAAGUCACGUCGCUCGUCUGGAACCCGCAUGCCAAGGAGCUCCUCUCGACGCACGGCGUUCCCGACCACCACAUCGCCCUGUGGUCCUACCCCUCGCUCAGCAAGGUCGCCGAGAUCCCGAAUGCGCAUCAGAGCCGCAUUUUGCAUUCGUCGCUCAGUCCGGACGGGAUGACGGUCGUCACGGCGAGCAGCGACGAGGACCUCAAGUUCUGGAAGAUGUUCGAGAUACCCAAGGGCGUUAAGGCGGGCGCGGGACGCAGCUUGACGGGCAAGGACCUUGCCGAGAACGACGGCAUCGGCAGGAAGGGCAAGACGGGCAUCUCGGUGCGAUAG